GAGUAUACAUCAUUUCUAAAUAUGUCUGCAUUUUUUUAACGUGCAAAGUCUGCCGUAGGCAACAUUCGCUUGUCAACCGUUGCUUUUCGGCGUUGUUAAUUAGGCGGGAAACCAGCGUUACAAGCGUCCGUAAUUGUUUCCGAUGUCGUCUUAAAACUAGGUAUGGAAUAAACCAAAAACGUUUCUCCUCGACGUUAUCAUUUGUUUAAUAAGGUCAUUGGAUUAUAGUGAUGUAUGGCAGAUGAAACGGGGAAAAGGGAGAAAAGCUGCUGUCAUCGACGACGUUUGGAACAUUUUUAUACUUACAUUUUCCUGACAAACAGUAUGGAAAUUCAAAGCAUAUGCAUUUUAAUGGACGGUUGACAUUGAUACUAGUGUUUGAAAAGAAAAUUUAAGAAAUUCAAGCGAACAUUUUGGUUGGCCCUCGUUCCGUUCUUCGGCAAAAUUUUUCUACAUCAAACAUUAAAUAAAAUAUAUCAGCGAUGGAUAUGAAUCAUUUUAAACAAGAAGAAGUUUAUUAGAUACGUGGGUGUUAACAGAUUCCAAAGGAGACUUUAAUUACAGAUCUUUCAAGCUCAAUUUCUUUCAGAUUAAUGAUAUGUCAUUUGAGAAAAAACGAGUGUAUAUAUGCGGGAAUGGCAAAUAAUGUUCAGGAUAAAACUUAAUUAAAUUGAAGCCUCGCUUACUCUUGGAAAGCGCCAUACAAUGGGAGUUUGGAAGAAUGUCAGGAUGCGAUGUGCAUUUAGAUACUUAUUUUGUCUUUUAGUUUUAAUUUUAACUUUUAUUUCAAUUCAUUUAGCAUUAAUAUCGGACAAGACUGCCUAUUUUUUAAAACAGAAUUUUCUGUCUCAGAGAAAACAUCUGGAUUCAGCUUUAGAUGGUGAUAAAUCUUACAAUGCUAACAAUUUAAGUAAAUUAUUAGGUUUAAGCGUGAAGACAUUUUUAGCUUCCGGUGGCGCGCGCAGGUUACCAGUCGCUAUUUCAUGGCAGGAAUACAGGAGUAACCCAACUGCUUUAACAGGAAAUCCGCUAAUUGAUGAUUAUGGGAAGAACGAUCCCGGGAAAAUGGGUGAAAAUGGUUCUGGAAUCAUUCUGGUUGGCGCGGAGAAAGAAAAGGCGACUAGGUUAAUAUCCAAAUACAAUGUCAACGUUUAUGCAAGCGAUAGAAUUCCACUAAAUAGGUUGGUUCCAGAUGCAAGAUUCGCUGGAUGUGAUGUAAUUCCUUAUCCGUCAUCUCUACCUACUACAAGCAUUAUUAUCCCUUUUUACGACGAAUGGCCGUCAAUUCUUCUGCGCACUAUAUAUAGUAUAGUCAAUAGAACACCAAGGCAUCUUCUACAAGAAAUAAUAUUAGUUGACGAUGGGAGCCAAAUGGGUGAAUUGAAAGGAGAUCUUGACAAGUAUAUUGAAUCCCAUUUUCCAAAAGGUCUUGUCAAAAUGAUACGAGUUCCCGAGCGGAGAGGACUAAUUCAAGCACGACUAGCAGGGUACGAUAAUUCUACAGGCGAUGUCAUUAUCUUCUUUGAUAGUCAUAUGGAAGUAAACAUAGAUUGGCUUCAACCCUUACUUGUGGAGAUAAAGAAGGACCGUACAACAAUAGCCAUGGGUAAUCUAGAUUAUAUUCAGCUAGAUUCAAUGGAAUAUAAAUAUUAUCAGGAUUAUAUGACUAGAUAUGGUUUUGACUGGAGACUUGUCUUCUUUGAGACGUUCUUCAGAAACGAUCAAGUAGGAGCCAAAAAUACCGACACUCGACCAGGUACGGUAAUGGUAGGAGCAGCUUAUGCUAUAGAGAGAAACUUCUUUGCAGAAAUGGGGAAAUAUGACGAGGGAAUGAAAGUGUGGGGAGGAGAAAAUCUAGAAAUGGCGUGGAGGAUUUGGUUGUGUGGAGGCAAGCUUGUCCACGUGCCAUGUUCACACAUUGGUCACGUGGCGCGUUCACAACCAUACACAUUUCCGGGCGGAAGAGAGGCCAUAGAGCAGUAUAAUUAUAAACGAGCAAUAGAAGUUUGGAUGGAGCAGGAACAUAAAGACCUAGUCUAUAAUUACUUUCCACAAAUGGCAGCAGUUGACGUCGGGGAUCUAUCUGAAAGACUUGAAUUAAAGAAAAAACUCAAAUGCAAACCAUUUUCUUGGUUUAUGGAUAACGUUUGGCAAGAGCUAUUUGUUCUUAGCAGGAAUGUUACGGCCUGGGGAUCAGCUAGAAAUUUACACACCAACAAAUGUUUAGAUAAUCAUCAGUACCUCUUCCAAGCAGCCGAACCUCUCUUUGUUGAGCCUUGCCAUUACAUGUACGCUGCGCAGGGAUUUUCUCUGACCAAAGACAAAUUACUAAGAACAUCACUGCAAUGCGUUGUGUUAAAGGAGCAAUUCGAUGGAGCGAGACCAAAACUCGAAGAUUGCAUCAUUGGACCACGUGAUACAUGGAUACAUCAACAAGGAGGCUUUAUAAAGCACGAGCACUCCAAACUAUGCUUAGAUUUAGACGACCAGGGCCCUGUUAUGAAAACAUGUGAUCCUACCGCAAUAACUCAAAUUUGGCAAUUUAACACUUACAUUCCAUAGGAAUAAUUUAAUAAAGUUGUUAUAGUGGUGCCAUCGUUUUUUAUACUACAUUAACAAACAGUUUGUCAUCUUCUGUGGUGACCAAUGACCAACAAUGUAUUAUAACUGCGUCCCAAAGUGUUCAUAGGAUAUAAAGGUGUUUUAUUUCAGUGUUCGUUUUAAUUCAUUUAAGCAAGAUAAAGGUACGUUUAAUCCUAUAAACUACACACUGCUUUUUUAUUAUACAUGUAGUAAACACACAAAACUUUUGACUGUAAAUAGUCAUCGCUUUUUCGUUAAAAAUAAAAAAUAAAAAAAAGGUCAAAAGCGCACACGAAUAGUUUUCAGAAAUAUGAGAAUAAGUUCCAGUAAAACCUAUUCAAAAUUUCACAAACGACUGCGACCUUAUACACGAUUUUUGUGCAUGCAGAUUUUAAUCUUCCUUAAGAAGCAAAUCAUAUAUAACCAGUCAACAAGGGGCGACAACUCUUGUUGUAAAUUGCCAUUAUUUUAGUAUAAUAGGCAUGAGGCUGUAUAAAGAAUCGGGUUCUAAACCCAUUAUAUUCAGACUAUUCAUCGGUGCUUUUACAUUCCAAGCUAUUUAAAGUAUCAUCAUCAUCAUCAUCAUCAUCAUCAUCAUCCGAAUCAAGAUUAUUGUUAUAAUCAUUAUUUUCAUAACGAUUUAACAAUACAGAUAUUUUACAUAUCAACGUUUUAAAGGCGUUUUAUUAGAAAUGAAUUCCUUUUCGAGAAAAAUACAUAAUGUGAUGGGGGUUUCUAUUUUUUUUUCUCGAAAAACUUUUUAUCUUGUAGAUAGACGAAAUUUACAUGUAAUCAAUUCGACAAUUUUUAUUUCAUUUAUUCUUUUUCGUUCUUUUUUCAGAAUAUUAAAAUACAUAUAAAGAGGUUUGUUUAAGUUCAAUUAAUUAAAAUAGUAGAUGUACCGUCAUCUAAUAAAUAAUAACCUCGAGAAAAUCUUAAUUUUCAGAAAUAAAUGUGAUAAUGCUGCAAAAGCUGUUUGUAUUGUAUUUAUUGUUACUUACAUGUUGCCAGAGAAGACAAAAUAAAUGUAAAACAUU